CUCCCAGCACUGUCGGGCACACUCUUCGGCCGACACCUGACUGAUCGUGGUGAACUGCUGGCGGUCGAUGACACGCUGGUUCUUCAUCUUCUUGAAGUCGUACAGCACCUUCCUCAUUCGGACUUCUAUCCAAACGGUACUAUCAGGACGUACCUGUACGCUACAUCAAUCGUACAACUCCUCUGGGAUACAGCUCGGAAGUUUAACGUCAGUCAGAGGACUACCAUUCCCCCGGUCAACAUUUGGGGGAUCCGACUGCCUAACGGCACCUGGACCGGCUUCCUCGGAGAACUUCAGAGAAACGAAAGCGACGUGGCAUUCACGCUGUUCACGCCGACUGUCGAGCGGAACGUGUUGGCCGAGGCGAGCGACCCCGUCGGUUACGAGGAACUGGUCAUCCUGGGAGGCUUCAGCGAAGACGCUGCGCACCAGAUUAGCAUCACCGGCUCAUUCACAGUGUUCGGGAUGGAGGUUUGGUUGACGCUGCUUGGCUCUCUCGUCGUACUGGCUGUGGUCGCAUCCCUGGCGCCCAAUUUGGAGCACGGGUUCCUGUUCGAGUUCAAGAACAACAUGUUCCGACUAUUGGCCAUCAUAUUCAUGGAGUGCAACCCACGGACGCCUCGUCAGUCCUCGGCGCGCAUUGUGAUCGCCUUCUGGUGGCUGGCGAUGCUGGUGCUCACCAACUUUUUCACCGGCGAGAUGAAGGCGGCCCUGACUGUGCGUCAACCGAGCGGUCACCGUGUCGACUCGGCCGCGCAGCUGGCCGCCCGCGUUGACAUGAACGCGUACACGAUGCGUGGCACCCUCUAUCACCUGGUUCUGGCCCACUCGCCAAGGGAGCACGACCAGCAGGUGGCGCGCAAGCUGACGCCGAGCUUCCGGGUCCCCUACCGACGGCUGUACUCGCCGGACGUGCUGGACGAAGUAGCCAACGGCAAGGCGGUCAUAAUCGCCGAUCGUACCUCGGCCAUCUACCAGAUGUCCCGGGCUUGCCACAGCUACCCGAGCCACGAGUUCUACUUCGGCCGCGAGCGGCUCUUCUCGCAUAUGCAGGUCAUCUACUACCGCCGUCUCCGCGAGCCCACACUGAUGAACGUGGUGAAACAGUGGAACAAGAGGAUGAACUGGCUGACCGAAGCGGGCUUGCUUCGCAAAUGGCACGAGGACACCGAGUCCCUGGCCGGAGAGUUCUCGCGCUGCCCCAAGAUCCGGAUGGGCGAGGCGGAGCAGCUGGACUUCGAGCACCACCAACCCAUGUUCGCCCUCGUCCUGGCCGGACACGCACUCGCCUUGGUCGCUCUCCUGGCUGAGAUGCUGCUGGCCUGGCGCGUCGCAGCGCCCUCUGGAGCCUCACGUAGCCCCGCGCACUUACCUGCCGCAUACGCGCGAAGGAUUAUCAUUAGGGAGAGCGCCUAA